ACUUGCCGUCGAAGGGAGACAUGCUCCUCCGCGUACGAAAAGUCUUACCGUUUUCGCAAGCGUAGUUUGGAUAUUUUUGUUUUUACUUUUAUUUAUUUAUUUUUUUUUUAUUUUUAUUUUUUUUUUGAAAACGUGAGUGUUUUCUCUUUCAGUGCUAGAUGAAAGUGUACAGUUUACGGGUCCAUAUGUGUCUUUGAAGGAUUUCCCCAAAGAAUACAGCAAAAUGCUCAAGUGGACCGUUUCAAGGUCCUUAUCUACGGCCAGUCAGACCCCCCAUGGUCCUCCCACGCAUAAAAAUAAGGCCCCGCGGAGACCUUUUCGGGACUUGUCGAACACACCACCGACACCCAAUGCGAGGCCUCGAGUACCAUUGCAAAAUGGGCCCUCGACAACGGGGAGAGUCACCACCCCCACACGACGCAGGAGAUGUCGGAGUCAAGGGAGUGAUCUACGAGCAUACUUUCAGGCAACCAAACCAAAUCUCAGACCGAGUAAAAGGCAGUCUGUUACGGAUUCACAAAAAUCUCCACGCAUGGAGACUUUUUAUCAAAGUACGCCAAGAGUGGAUUCGGACAUAGGGCCCCUCACGUUAUUUACCAGUAACAUGGUACCCAAAUGCGCUACUACGGCCCUGACUUUACCCACGGAUCCUACUUUGUUGAGGGUGCACGCGAGCAAUUUUCAAAGCAACGCCGAGUUACCGCAAAAUAUUGUAAACGAGGCUCGAGCCAAUUUGCAGUCGCACGUCUCAGACUUUUUUCAACAAAUCUCAGUAGCCGGAAGUCCCGAAGACGUGAUGGAGGCUGAUUCUGUGCCACUGUCUAAGGCACGUAUCUAUUCACAGAACGUGGAUGCUACGAGGUCGAAAAUUGCUUCCGAAUUCACUAGGACACCUUGUGUACCAAAACUCGCCAAGAUCACGAAACUUCACACCCGCUGCAAGACACCUUAUCAUACGAAGACUAUUCAGGGUCGAAGUCCUUUCAAGUUCAAGGACGUUCACAGUACACCGCUUAGUGGCACAUUAUCGCAUCUCAAGUUGGACCACGAUUUGCCUAAAUACGAGAAUAUGGAUAACACUGUUACUGAAGUACUUAAUAGGGAACAGGAGACAAGUUUAGGUGUUAAAACUGUCGCAGAAAUUCUUAUGUGCGAUGCUGAGGAAAGGAAGAGAAUUUCCCAGGAGGUGAAAGCGUCUCAAGAAAUCCAACUUCCGUCUCAGGAUCAGGAGAACGUGCACGAAGUAGAGCACCUCUACGAGACUAUAGUGGAGUCCAAUGAGAAUCAGGAAGAACCUGCACCUCAUAAUGACAGUUCGGUAUCUUCGGCAAGUCAACUGCUAGAGGAUCCUUCCCCGAUGUCCUGGGCGUUUCGAUCACCCUCUGCUGAUCUUGAAGGUCAGUUCACCCUGAGAAGACAACGAGGGAUACGUCGCAAGAGACAGCACAAAGACACGACGGAUACGACGGACGCAGCAUCCGGUGGUAAAAAAAUUAAGAGAAGAUCCAGCAGUGCUAGUCCAAAAAGAAGUGAAUCCUUCAAAGGACAGGUUUUCGAGGCAAUCAAUUAUCAGGUUAAAAAACUUAGCCUUGAAACCGACCUGGACUCACCCUUUGACCCCAGGAACUCAACAGCCCCUAAGAUCAGUCCUGAUACGAAUAAGGAUAACGAGCCAAAAUCAUCCUGGGAUCUGGACAGUCCAAAGUCAUCGUACACAGAUGAUUUUCAAAAUUCAAAAUCUUUUGCUAGCACCGUAGUGGGUACUCCAGAAGCACCCUUGGUUGCUACUGUCAGAAGAUGCCUCAAGUACAGCCCUGAGAGUCAAACUAAUCAAACCAAUAAUCGUGGAUCAAUUGAACUCGAAAUAUCACACAUCGGAGAACAUAUUCACGUUCGAGUGAUACGGUGCAAGGAUCUGCGAAGGGCUUACGAGGGUUCAAUUCACGCAUACGUGAAGGCCAGCCUAAAGAAUACUUGCGGCGAAGGCGUCGUCAAGAGGACGGCAGUGCACAGGGCAACGCCGAACCCCCUAUUUCACGAGACCUUGAUACUUCCCUGCCCGUCGAAUAACAACCACUGUACUAGCAGAGCUACGUCCCUGGAUAUCGCCGUUUGGCACAGGGAUCGACGCGCCAGACGCAGCGAGCUGUUGGGCUGCAUGACUUUACCUUUGCCCCUGUCUCAGGAUAAGGAAGCAACAUGGCACCCUCUGGAAGCAGGAUCGGCAAGGAACACGAGUACACCUUACGCGGGGGUACCACAAGAGUGCAGUGUCUCGCCACCCUUGUCAAAGGACGGGGAAGUAGAUAACAACAAUACAAGUGGGGAAGAUUUGACUUACCUAAGGCAUCUCGAAUUGGAACCUUUGGAUUCUCUCACGGGUUUACCCUUGCAUCCUGGGUUUACUGCUAGGGGCGGUAGAACACCUUGCACAAUAACCAGAAGGUUGAUAAGGCAGAGUGCAGUGAAUCAGCAAGUGCCAUGGGGUUUCUCUUUGUCCUGGGGAAGACCUCCACGUGUGGAACGAAUCGACCCAGGCAGUCCUGCAGACAGGGCUGGUCUCCGAUCUGGAGAUCACGUUGUCUUCAUCGAAACGACUAACGUCGUGACGCGUCCGCGAGAGGAGAUCCUGAGCCUGAUCCAGGCUGCGACCAAUCAACUUGUAAUGGAAGUCUAUAGGAAAGGUGGUGUUCAGGGGUCGACGCACAGGCCCAGUUGCGUUAACGUGACCCUGCAGGCACCAGGUGGAUCCAAUAGCCAACACGCUAUAGCCUUCAGUGCCGAGGUCUUCCCCAACCUGGCGCCGGACGCACCACCUGAAGAAGAGUUAUCAGUAAGAGAGACCAGGUACUGGAGCACUCUCAAGAGUGGUCACUCACGUUUCCUGGCACCACUGGCUGAACGUAGGGACGUCCUCUCUGCAGCUGACCAUCUUAUACUCUUUCAAAACAUGGAUGAGCUGGUGAAGAUCUCCGAGGAGAUCAGGGACGAGGGUGGCGGCGUAAAGUGUUAUCUAUCCAGGAUACCAAAGAUAACUGCGGCCUAUAGAAGGUACCUGAGUGGCUUACAAAGAGCUUGUUGCCUUCUGGUAGCACUAAGGAGGAAUACAGCCUUUGCCAAGCUUGUCUGUGAACCAGCUGUACCUCAAAAACGUAGACCUGAUCUUACCGGAGUUUUACUACUGCCACUGGAACACUAUAGGGAGAUGACGAGGUUGGUGGGUCUUGCCUCACCAAGAAAUUGCCCAGAGGCCAGAGACCUGGCUCAGGGUUACAGAGAAGCUACAGCUAAUGCUGGUGUUAUGGAACCACCUCGUGAUACAGGAAGACCUCUUCUGAGCUUACAGGAAGUCGAGUCGAGAUUAGUAUUUGCCCGUUGCAAACCCUUCACCCUGGCAAUGCCUGGUAGACAAUGGCUCUUUGGUGGAGCAUUGGCUAAGGUCGAGGGCCGCGCACGUCUGCAACCGUCCUGGGCACUGCUCCUAACUGAUCUUCUGGUGUUCGCCAGGGUAUCCAGAGACCGUGUCCUUUUCGUAACCGAAGAACCACUACGUUUGUCUAAUGUAGCUGAAGCCUGUUUUACAGUUAGAAAAAGACCGACGGAGUUUAGACUACAGGUAGCUAUAUCUCCCAAUGGAUUUGGUGAAAAUGGGAACCUGGAGGUGGCUCAUAGUGGAGGUUGUAGUCCCCACAGUCGUCCGCGUCGACGAGUACUAAUCCUGCGCGCUCCUAGUCCUGAACUCAAAGCAGUCUGGCACAAUCUUCUUCAGCGACAGAUAAUCUAUGUGAAUACAGGAUAUGGUGGAACGCCAAAUCUAGGCAGUCCCAUAGAUAGUCCCAUCGCUGAUAGUAAUUUCACCACAGCUAGAGAUUCCAUGGCAAGUCGUCAGGCUCCACGAAGUCCUCAGCAAAUCGAAGAAGAGGAAAAGCAACAUUCCGGAGAGAGUUUAGAUACCAUGCUGAAGACUUCCACCCAUGAAGACAAUCAUUUGGCACAGUGGGUGCAAAACUCGCACCAGAUCCCACCUCCGGAUCACGAAGUUCCGCUUGAAGAAUGGACUCCUGAAGAACUAGCUGCAAGGGCGCCUAAGGAGAACGGUUCUAGGCAGGAGCAGGAUGUCGUACAGGUCGAAGAAACCAUUGCUAUCAGUUCAGAUAUUGAGCAGCAAAGUACUGCGUCCAGUGCAAGUCUCAGUACAGUCAGGUCGAGUAGUAUCACAGCAAAAAAGAAUAGCAGCCAGUUUGCUUCCAAAGAAAAUUCCACCGGCUCCAUCAAUAUCUGCAAAAGAUGUCACAGGUCAGGUUGCCCAACACCUCCUCUACCGAGAGAUCCUUUUUCACCUCUACCACCAAAAAUAUCAGUAUUACCACCAACACCAGAUUUAUGCACAAGACAUAGAUUGCACAAUGGGCCUCGUGACAGUUCAGGACACAACAGUCCCAACUGUACUCCUGCAGACGGGAACACGGAAGAUGGUAGCGAGGACGACUUAGAUUGCGACGGAGAACCACCUUACAGAGCAUUGAGAAGGUUUGGCACGAUGAGCAGUCUGGACCAGGAUGACGAUCUGGAUGAGCAGGGCGACGAAGAGAAUCACGAGCUUGAGUCACCGCCGUCCGGUUUACGUGCGUGGACGGUUAGGGCUAGCAACUACGUGGUCAGUAAAAUGGUGUUGCUCGAACAGCUCGGAGAAGGUGUUGGUGGUUAUCUUCUACAUCCCCCAGUACCACCGGAGAGAACAGAAUAUUCCUUAGACCCAAACGAUGAGGAAGGUACAACAUCAGGAGCGACAUCCGGUGAUGACUUAUGGGGUACACCUACUUCAGGUGGUCCAGACGACGAGAGUUUUGCUGCGAGUCCGCCGCCUGGAGCUCCAUCUAACGGAAGUGGUAACGGUGCGCCAACCGGUGAAGAUAAUUACGGACUCAACCUGAACACAGAAGAAGAACCAGAUCUAGAAUCUGAUGGUGAAGAUUGCAGUCUACCGGAACUGAGCAUGGAUCAAUUGUUAGGCGGAAGUGGUAUAGGCUCUAUGAGGUGCUUCAUGAAUCGGCGAAGAUUGGAACCACUCCCCGAGGAAGAGGACUCUCCUGGAGGUGGGAAGCAUCAGGUCGGAUGGUGGUGACAGCGGUUUCAAACUGCGUCUUCAAGCAGUGCCGCCAAUCCUGUUAGCGAAGGGAACGAGAGGGAUCGUAUCUUCGCUAAGCUUAGUCAGGAAGAUGAAGAGUUCAAGAGGAAGAUUCUGGACCUGCACAGAAAAUUGUCAAAUGUUGAUGAGGAUGCCAAGGGCGUCGCGACGCCACCCCUUGAUGAGAAUUAUGUUAAUAAGGACGCAGAGUCUACCAAGAGCAAGAGUUCCAGAAGUAGAUCUUCUGAUACUGUUCCAGAGGAUGAUGCCAAGCAUCCAGAAAUGAUUUCCAAGGAUGAAUCUAAGGAGGUGGCCGGUAGGCAGAGUGAGGAAUCUCUGAAUUAUGAACUUGAGUGUAAAAAACACGUGGGGAUUUUGAAAAGACAGUCGGAGAAGCUCGGGGAUGUCGUUGAUGGAAAUCCCAGUGGAUCUGACCGAACUGGAUCAUCUGAGAAAAAUUUUUUGAAACGUCUAAGGAUACGUAGGAGUUUGAAAUUAUUGAGCUUCCUCAGUGGCAAAGCAUCUGAAAGGUCGCAGGACGAACGUACUAACAGUCUCCACAAGAUGUAUACGCCUAUGGAGAAGUGUUCCAAGUCGCAAAAUACAAUCUCCAUACAUCACACACCCAGGGAGCGGAGAUUCAGGAGACUCCGUAGUCCUGCACCACGUGAAUACAUUAACGCGAUUCCUAAGGAUCGUUGUCGAUCAUCAGUCUCUCCACUACUAGGACUUCCAGGAUGUUCACGUUAUUAAAGUUUUCUGAAUUUUACUCAAGGAUCUAUCGUUAAGAUUGUUUUCUUUAGAUUGUAGAAAUACCAAUAGUGCGAAGAUACAAUGCGUCCUUACACCUAAGCUCUCUAUGCGGAAUGCUGAUGCAUUUCCUUCUCUUCAAUAUACAUAUAUUCCAAAUUAUGAAAAUUCCUAUUUAAAAGUUUAUUUUAAUCUCCCAUACAAUUUGACAGUCUUUGAAUAGACAAGGUAUUAAAUAAUCUGUUCCUAUUUGUUGGAGAAAAAUGUAUUGAAUAAUUAACGGUCAUGAUUUAUACUGUUAAGCACAUCAAAAUUUGAUUCUUCACGUUGAAAAAACAAUUUCAAAUUCAUAACUUCCAUUGUAAAGUUCCUCGAAUAUAAUGCUUCGUAUUCCGCAUAAGAUGCGGAUAGUUAAUACAGGCGUAUGGUACUUUUAAGUAAGAAUUAGAAAUGUCCUAGUCUUUUAAAGUGUCUCGAGAUUAAUUGCUACAUCGUUAAUUAUCGGGAAUGAUUAUGCGAAUGAAGUUCCAGCGAGUAACGAUCGUUACGUCCCGUGCCAUAGUGUGCUUUUACUAAAUAAAUGAAAGAAGAGGAAAAUCGAAGUAAGCGACCUCUUUUGGGGGUGCGAAACGGCCUAGAGAAAUGUUAACUUAAUUCUAGAGUUUUGUUUGUCCGCAAUGCGGAAAGAGAUACAAAGGGGGAAAAUAUUCCGUAUAACGGGCGUAGGAGUCAAAUUAAGUUAUCUUUGAAAAACACAGUACUUUACUAGGUCCGCACGACUGACCCAACGCGGCACAUACCUUCCAUCUACGAGACAUCCCGCUCGAGAAUUUAUGACAAUUGAAGAUUCCAAGUGAAAUCUUACCAUUACUGUUAGUAGUUUGUAAAAUGGCCAUAUGGCUUAAAACGAAAUGCAAAUAAAUUAUAUUAUUUGUUCA